UGUGGUUUCCAGGUGUCGUGGUAGGCUGCGUUACCACGUCAGUGAAGUUUACAGGGAAGACUCCAGCCGGCUUCUAGCCGUGGCCUGCGGUGUGGUGGUCGCGCUGUUGGUCAGCACGGAUUGUUUUGUAUGUGGCCAGCAGCCCACGUCCAGUCAGUAACCCGGGGAAUCGGUGCCAACAUAUUUCCGUGCUUCAGCAACAGGAGCUGAAUGUGAAGCCAACGUCACCGCCGCUGCCUAGGCCGCCAUCUUGGAUUCAGGGUCAGUCCCACUGACAGGUUGUCAAAAUGGUGGACAGAAAUAUCUACAUAGUUCAGGGUGAAAUUAGCACCAUUGUUGGCGCCAUAAAACGCAAUGCGCGAUGGAGCAUGCACACUCCUUUGGAUGAAGAACAGGACCCUUUGCUACACAGCUUCAGUCAGCUAAAAGAAGUAUUGAAUAAUAUCAAGCAUAUAUCGGAAAUAGAACCCAAUGUAUUUCUUCGUCCUUUCCUGGAGGUUAUUCGUUCUGAGGAUACAACUGGCCCCAUUACUGGGCUUGCUCUGACAUCUGUGAACAAAUUUCUUUCUUAUGCACUAAUAGAUCCGGUCCACGAUGGUACUGCUGAAGGAAUUGAGAACAUGGCAGAUGCAGUUACACACGCCCGCUUUGUUGGCACAGACCCAGCAAGUGAUGAAGUUGUGCUGAUGAAAAUCCUGCAGGUCCUACGCACAUUGCUUCUGACGCCAGUAGGAGCUCAUCUCACCAAUGAGUCCGUUUGUGAAAUCAUGCAAUCCUGUUUCCGCAUUUGUUUUGAGAUGAGACUGAGCGAGUUAUUGAGAAAAUCUGCAGAGCAUACUCUUGUCGACAUGGUGCAGCUGCUCUUCUCAAGAUUGCCACAGUUUAAAGAGGAAGCAAAAAGUUAUGUGGGGACCAACAUGAAAAAGUUGAAGAUGAGAGCUGGUGGUACCAGUGAGUCCUCAAAAUGGAAGAAACAGAAGCGAUCUCCACGACCUCCUCGCCAUUUAACCAAAGCAAUGAGUGGAGUUGAAUCACAACAGCCUUUAACUAAUGGAUCUUCAACAAACACGGCUGGUAUUCCUUUUAUUGAGGCGUCCUCCCUAGAUGCUACCUCUCCUGUCUCAGUUGGAAGUUCAGAAGCCACAUCAUCUGCUGUCAGCCCUGUGACUGACAGUGCACUUGGAUUAUCCUCCCAGGCUACUUCUAAAGAGGAUCUUUCUGAGAUAGAUGGUGCAAAUAUUGCUGCCACACUACAUUCAUCUGGAGACCUGUAUCUGUCUGAACAGCCAAACCCCGAUGACCAGAAGACUGAAGAAUUACUAGGAAGAAAGACACAAUCUGCCUCUGUUGAAUCCAUUCCAGAAGUUCUAGAAGAUAGUUCAUCACUGGCUGAACAUUCAGACUCUGCCUCUGUGCACGAUAUGGACUAUGUCAACCCUCGUGGAGUUAGGUUCACGCAGUCUUCACAGAAAGAAGGAGUGGUUUUGGUCCCUUACGGAUUACCUUGUAUUCGUGAACUUUUUCGCUUUCUAAUUUCACUUACCAACCCUCAUGAUCGCCAUAAUUCUGAAGUGAUGAUGCACAUGGGUUUACAGCUGAUCACAGUGGCAUUGGAGUCUGCUCCCAUAGCAAAUUAUACCUCGCUUCUCGGGCUGAUGAAAGAUGAACUCUGUCGACAUUUAUUUCAGCUGUUAAAUGCAGAACGAUUAAACUUGUAUGCAUCUUCCUUGCGAGCUUGCUUCCUUCUCUUUGAAAGCAUGAGAGAACAUCUAAAAUUUCAGCUGGAGAUGUACAUUAAAAAAUUGAUGGAUAUCAUUACUAUGGAGAAUCCAAAGAUGCCAUAUGAAAUUAAAGAGAUGGCGCUGGAAGGUAUUGUACAGCUCUGGAGGAUACCCAGCUUUGUAACAGAGCUAUACAUAAAUUACGACUGUGAUUUUUACUGCUCCAACAUCUUUGAGGAUCUUACCAAGCUGCUCUCUAAGAAUGCCUUUCCAGUAUCUGGCCAACUCUAUACAACUCACCUACUUUCACUGGAAGCUUUACUAACUGUCAUUGACAGCACAGAAGCACAUUGCCAGGCUAAGAUUCUGAGUAACACUUUGCAACAGGAUAAGAAAGAGACAGGCAAAACCACUGCAGAUAAUGCAGAGGGAUCUUCGGAGUCGAAUGGCAGUGAAUGUGUUAUGGAAGGCACCGCAUCAAUCACAAGUGCAGAAUCCAAGGGGGCCCAUCCUCCCACCAGUGGGCAUUUAAUGGCAGACAAAAUGAGUCUUGGAAUUCAGGAGGCCGAAGGUGGCUGUAGUAGUGCUGAUAAGAAGACCCAGGGAAUACCAGUACGCUUUUCUUCUUUACUUCCAACUGUGCAAGAACUGAACGAUAUAAAAAACAAGAAAAAGCUCCUCAUAACUGGAACAGAGCAGUUUAAUCAAAAGCCAAAGAAAGGGAUCCAAUUUCUUCAGGAAAAGAAUCUCUUGACUACACCAAUGGAUAAUAAUGAAGUGGCUCAAUGGCUCAGGGAGAACCCCAGAUUGGACAAAAAGAUGAUCGGGGAAUUUGUGAGCGAUCGCAAGAACCUUGAUUUGCUUGAGAGCUUUGUGGGGACGUUUCAAUUCCAAGGCCUGAGAAUUGAUGAAGCAUUAAGGCUUUACCUUGAAGCAUUUCGUUUACCAGGGGAAGCACCUGUAAUUCAUAGACUUUUGGAGGCUUUUACAGAACACUGGAGGAAAUCCAAUGGGACUCCAUUUGCCAAUAGUGAUGGCUGCUUUGCUUUGGCCUAUGCUGUCAUCAUGCUGAAUACUGACCAACACAAUAACAAUGUUCGUAAGCAGAAUGUUCCAAUGACUCUGGAGGAGUUCAGGAAAAAUUUAAAGGGAGUCAACGGUGGGAAAGAUUUUGAUCAGGAUAUGCUUGAAGAUAUGUACCAUGCAAUCAAAAAUGAUGAAAUCGUUAUGCCAGAAGAGCAGACAGGACUAGUAAAGGAGAACUACAUGUGGAAUGUACUGCUGCACAGAGGUGCCACCCCAGAAGGCAUUUUCCUGCAUGUUACCCCAGGAAGCUAUGAUCAUGAUCUCUUCACAAUGACUUGGGGACCAACUAUUGCAGCACUCUCCUAUGUGUUUGACAAGAGCAUGGAAGAGACAAUUAUCCAGAAAGCAAUUUCUGGAUUUAGGAAAUGUGCAAUGAUUUCUGCUCACUAUGGACUAAGUGAUGUUUUUGACAACCUCAUCAUUUCCUUGUGCAAAUUUACAACUCUUAGUAGUGAGGCUGCAGAGAAUCUCCCUACUGUUUUUGGAAGCAACCCAAAGGCUCAGAUAGCUGCCAAAACUGUUUUCCACCUGGCACACAGACAUGGAGAUAUUCUGCGCGAGGGUUGGAAAAAUAUCAUGGACUCCAUGUUGCAACUGUUCAGGGCCGAGCUGCUGCCGAAGGCUAUGGUUGAGGUUGAAGACUUUGUUGAUCCGAAUGGCAAAAUUUCUCUUCAGCGGGAAGAAAUCCCUGCAAAUCGUGGGGAGUCAUCUGUCCUAAGUUUUGUCAGUUGGCUGACCCUGAGUAACACUGAGCAGUCAAGUCUGAGAGGACCUACUGAAAACCAAGAAUCCAAGAAGCUAGCACUGGAGUGUAUAAAGUUAUGUGAUCCAGAGAAACUCAUUACAGAGAGCAAAUUUCUCCAGUUGGAAUCUUUACAGGAAUUAAUGAAGGCUUUGAUAUCUGUGACUCCAGAUGAAGAAACAUAUGAUGAAGAAGAUGCUGCCUUCUGCCUGGAGAUGUUGCUGAGGAUUGUUCUUGAAAACAGAGACCGUGUUGGCUGUGUGUGGCAAGUUGUGCGUGAUCACCUUUACCAUCUUUGCGCCCAUGCUGUGGAGUUUUGUUUUCUUGUUGAGCGUGCUGUGGUUGGUCUUCUACGACUGGCUAUUCGACUUUUACGGCGUGAGGACAUUAGUGCUCAGGUUCUCCUUUCCCUCCGCAUUCUGCUAAUGAUGAAGCCAAGUGUCCUCUCCAGAGUAAGCCGGCAGAUUGCUUUUGGCCUUCACGAACUGUUAAAGACCAAUGCUGCCAACAUUCACUCUAGCAAUGAUUGGUACACACUGUUCUGCCUGCUUGAGUGCAUUGGUGCCGGGGUGAAGCCUCCACCUGCCUUGCAGGGGACAACCAGGAGCGAUAAUGACACAGGUGCACUGUCAGACAGUGAAGUGUCUUCAUACCAUUCAACUGAUGUGAGCCUGGAUCGUGGGUACACCUCAGACUCUGAGGUAUACACGGAACAUAGCAAGCAAUCAAAGAUGCACCGUUCCGUCACUGAUGUGGAUAUGGUGAAUAGUGGUUGGCUGGUGGUUGGAAAGGAGGAUGUGGACUCUUCUAAAGUGUGUGCAGCAAAGAGCAAGCCUGGUGCCAGCACUCCAGUAAAUCAGUACAGUUUAGUCAUUGGUUUGGACUUUGGCCCACAUGAUACAAAAUCUCUCAUGAAGAGUGUGGAGUCUCUGUCUUUCAUUGUCCGCGAUGCUGCACAUGUUACCCCAGAAAACUUUGAGCUGUGUGUGAAGACGAUUCGUGUCUUCGUAGAGGCGAGUCUAAACGGAGGGUACAAAUCGCAAGAAAAGAGAGCGAAAAGCCAUAAGUAUGACAAUAAAGCUAGCCGUUUCAAGAAGAAAAAUAAAGAGAAGGAAAAUAUAAUGCGCCGAUCAAGAGUCUCCAACCAGCGCCAGUAUCGUUCUCACAGUGAUGAUGAGGAAGAUGAGACUGUGCCAGCCAGUUACCACACUGUGUCAUUACAGGUUAGUCACGACCUUCUUGACUUGAUGCACACACUUCAUACAAGAGCAGCAACCAUUUACAGCUCCUGGGCAGAGGAACAGCACCAUGUUGAGACUGCAGGGGAAAAGAUCACAGCCGAUUCUAGAACUUUGUGGUUAAACUGCUGGUGUCCAUUACUGCAGGGAAUUGCAUGGCUUUGUUGUGAUGCUCGACGUCAGGUUAGGAUGCAAGCUCUUACUUACCUACAGAGAGCCCUUUUAGUCCAUGAUCUCCAGGCACUGGACGCACUUGAAUGGGAAGCCUGCUUUAAUAAGGUGCUAUUUCCGUUGUUAACAAAGCUCUUGGAGGACAUAAGCCCAGCCGAUGUAGGAGGUAUGGAGGAGACAAGAAUGAGAGCAUCUACCUUGCUUUCAAAGGUCUUCCUACAGCAUUUGUCUCCUUUACUGUCUCUUUCCACCUUUGCUGCUCUGUGGUUGACAAUACUAGAAUUUAUGGACAAGUACAUGCACGCUGGCUCCAGUGACUUGUUGAUGGAGGCUAUACCUGAAUCCUUGAAAAACAUGCUGCUAGUUAUGGACACUGCUGGAAUUUUCCACAGUGCUGACUCACGGACUGGAUACUCAGACCUGUGGGAGAUUACAUGGGAGAGAAUAGACUGUUUUCUACCUCGGCUGAGAGAAGAGCUAUUCAAGCAGACUGUAAUAAAGGAUCCACCCCAUGUAGCUGCAAGUGAAGCACAUCCACAAAAGACUCGAGUAGGACCUGCUUUUGUUCCCACUCCUACAGAGCCCAGACCUGUGCCACUACCAGCUCAACCUGAGCACAUAGCAAGUGAAAAUGAGUCUACAAGCCCUGGACUAUCUGCCGUUCCAAUACCUGGAUCUAGCCCUUCCUGUCCACCCAUGAGGAUGAGCCCUGUGACCGAGAUACAUCCUCCUAUAACUCAGUCUCCUUUCAUCUUGCAACCCUUAACGUCUCCUUUGCAGGUCGGAGUUCCACCAAUGUCUCUGCCAAUCAUCCUUAAUCCUGCAUUAAUGGAGGCAACCUGUCCUGUGCCCCUCCUGUCUACUCCUCGACCUGCAGAAACAUCACCAAUGUCGGAAGUCAACUAAUCGUUUGCCUUUCGAACUAGGCCUGAUAUACUUGUGAACUAGUUUUUGUUGCUGGCAUGGGAACCAGUUGCCAUUUUAUUUAAUGAACAAGUAAUCUUAAGACAAUAAACAUUAGAAACUAUUUGCAAUGGAUGUUUCUGGAAAACAAGCCUCCUCCUCUGUCUCAAUCAUCUGUCUAGCCAUGCUGAUCGCCUGUGCAGCAAUUAAGCAAUUGUAAUGAACUCUGUACACUGUAAAGAUAUUUUAUAUCAGCAAAAAACAAAGGUGGAUCUAUCAUCCGUCAUUACAUUGGGUUCUAGUUAUUUUAAAUGAGUGUGAGCGCCAUUGUUUGUGCCUAGGACAUUCCUUCUUGUA